AUGAGUCAAUUGAAUAGGAGUGUUAAACAGAUCGGCCAGUACUAAUAUAAUGAGAGACACUGCUUGGGAGAAGGAGCCUAUGGCAAAGUGUUCUAAGGAACGGAUAUCAAGACGAAUGAAAUUGUUGCUAUCAAGAAAAUGGAUUUGGCCCUUUUUGAAAGAGAUACCUAUUUAAGGAAUCAAAUAGUCAGUGAAAUUGAGAUCCUCAAGAAAUUCAAUCAUCCUAAUAUUGUGCGAUUUAUUGAUCUCAUUACAACUCAAAGAUCUUUAUAUAUAAUUACAGAGCUAUGCAAGGAUGGGGAUUUAAAAGAGUUCAUCUAAAAGAAAAGAAUAUCUGAAUAAGAAACUUAAGGAAUUAUGUUAUAAAUCAUAAAUGGAUUCAAAGAACUGGUUAAGUAAGGAGUAAUUCACAGGGAUUUAAAACCUGCCAACAUCCUCAAUCACGAAGGUAUUGUGAAGAUAGCAGAUGCACUUUUAGAUUUCGGAUUUGCAAAAUACGUUGAUAAUUAUACAUCCUAAUUACUUAGAUCGUGUGUUGGAUCUCCUUUGUACAUGGCUCCCUAAAUUCUAUAAAGGAAAACCUAUUCAACAAAAUGUGAUAUCUGGUCCAUCGGAGUCAUCUUUUACGAAAUGGUGUUCCACGAUGUUCCCUGGAAAGGAAGAGACGAAUAAGAUUUAUUAAAAAACAUUUUAAUGAAGCCUUUGGUCUUUAAGCAUAAUGGCAUUACAGAUUUCACAAGGGAAUUUUUGACCAAAGCAUUAAUUGUGGAAGAAUCUGAAAGGAUUUAAUGGGAUCAAGUCUUUUAGAUGUUUGAAAGCAUGGAAAAAGGCUUGGUUUCUAAUAAUCCAACCUUACAGAAAUUGUACAAUGACUAAAACAUUAGUUGGAUGUAAAAGUAAUCAUAAAAAAUGACAGGAGAUCAAUUGUGUAAAUAAUUGGUCUUUUUGUAGUAAAUGAAGUAGGAUAUUGGUUUUCGUCAUUUUGUUAAUUUAGAAUUAUAUCAAAAAUUAGAUUAAUUGAAAAGAAUAUUUAGGACAGAUUAAUCAAUUGAAGAAUGCAUUCUCCUAUUAUCAAGACUUGUGUUGGCUUAUAGUUAUCUAUUGGUGUAAUUGAUUGAAGAAACUUGUGAUUCUGGAGAGGAUAUGUUGAUUAAGGGAACCAAAUGGAAUAUAUUGAAUUAUACAAAAAAUGAAUAAGAAUAUUAUAAGAUCUUUUUCACGAAUUGCAAGGAUGCUUUUUUGAAAGAUCAAAGUCAAUGCGAUGCAGAGGUCAAUGAUGUUGAAAGAAAUAAAUUAGAGGAAAACUUAACUAAUAAGAUCAUUAAAAUUAUUGGAGAUAGUUUUGAUGAUUUAAAAAAGAAGGCUGCUGAAGAUACUCAUUAUGCUUCACUAAUAGCAAUUGAAUUGUUAUUAGAUUAAUAAAUUAUUCAUAAAAAUAUUGUUAAAAUUACAGAAAUUGAAGUUUAGUAAAUAUUGGCAGAAAAACAAUAAAAGGAUGAUUGGAGGAAGAUAUUGGAAAGGAUAACCAGCAAAUGGAGAUAAUUGUAAAAGUUGUGA